AUAGGUGGCAGUUGUGCGGACUCAGAGGAGCGUCUGAUGAACUGUCUGCUGGGAAAGGAUCGCUACAACAAGCUGAUCCGUCCAGCUGUGAACAGGACAGAGCGGGUUACUGUCAAACUACAGGUGUCCCUGGCCCAACUCAUCAGUGUGAAUGAGAGAGAGCAGAUUAUGACCACCAAUGUUUGGCUCACACAGCACUGGGAUGACUACAGGCUAUCAUGGGACCCUUCUCAAUAUGAUGGCAUUGACAAGCUACGUAUUCCUUCCAGACACAUCUGGCUACCUGAUAUUGUGCUCUAUAACAAUGCGGAUGGAACCUAUGAGGUAACAGUCUUCACCAAUGCCAUUGUCCAGUUCAACGGCAGCAUCUUCUGGCUGCCUCCGGCCAUCUAUAAGAGUGCCUGCAAGAUCGAGGUCAAGCACUUCCCCUUUGACCAGCAGAACUGCACACUCAAGUUCCGGUCAUGGACCUACGACCACACCGAGCUCGAUUUGGUCCUGAAGACAGGGGUGGCCAGCAUGGACGACUUCACUCCCAGUGGGGAAUGGGACAUCUUGGCCUUGCCGGGCAGGCGGACGGUUAACCCUCUGGAUCCUACCUACGUGGACCUCACCUAUGACUUCAUCAUCAAGAGGAAGCCGCUGUUCUACACCAUCAACCUAAUCAUCCCCUGUGUCCUCAUCACCUCUCUGGCCAUCCUGGUCUUCUACCUGCCGUCUGACUGUGGGGAGAAGAUGACACUGUGUAUCUCAGUCCUCCUGGCCCUCACUGUGUUCCUCCUCCUGAUCUCCAAGAUCGUCCCUCCCACCUCGCUGGACGUGCCUCUGAUUGGGAAGUACCUGAUGUUCACCAUGGUGCUGGUGACCUUCUCCAUCAUCACCAGUGUGUGUGUGCUCAACGUGCACCACCGCUCCCCCAGCACACACACCAUGCCCUCCUGGGUCAAGGUAGUGUUCCUCAACAAGCUGCCCCAUCUGCUCUUCAUGAGACGCCCGAAGAAUAACUCUGCCCGCCAGCGGCUACGCCAGCAGAGACAACUCCGAGCUCGCAGAUCCAUCCUGGCGGACCUGGGCUACCCUGCCACCGCCAUGUCCAAAACAGCCACCGCUGCCGCCAUGUCUUCCUCCUCUGCCUCGGCCUUCUCCUCCCCGGGACACUUUUACAACAAAGUCACAGCUCCGCUGGGGUACACCCACACCUUCACGAAGGGGGAGGCCUGCUCCACCGAGUUCCUGCCCAACAGCUUCCCCUCCUCCCAGGACCUCCGCAAUAGAGGCAGCCCAGACUGGGGGGGAGAUGUUCAGGAGGCAGUGGACGGGGUCCGCUUCGUGGCUGAUCACAUGAUGGGGGACGAUGAUAACCAGAAUGUGAUCGAGGACUGGAAGUAUGUGGCAAUGGUGGUGGACCGUAUGUUCCUGUGGAUCUUUAUAAUAGUGUGUGUGACUGGAACCCUGGGUCUCUUCCUCCAGCCUCUAUUUCAGCAUUCAAUAGUCCCCAUCCAGCAGCCCAGCUCAGACACACCCCGUACCUGAACCCCCCCCAAGAAGUAUGGGGGUCAUACAUAGACAUAAGGGUCAUAGAACAUCAACCAAUGCCAUGUGGCCUACAGCAAUACAAGUCUCUGUAUCUCUUUCUGUUUCUACUACCUGGUCUUAACACGGCACAUCGGUACAAGGAAGAGUUGCCUUUUUCCAUAUAGUUGAAGCAGAGAUACAAAGAUGUCCCUCUAAAACCAGACUGAAAGUACAAACGUUACCCGAGUGGAAUAAUAACCCAAAUAAUACGUCAGAUAUCAUUUGACUCCCGAUUUCUCUCCCAUGUUAUAUCACCCUGUUGUGGAAAUGUAAUGGAAAAAAAUCUAUAAAUGUAUAAAAAGGUCAGUGAGUUUGAUUAAAUUCAUUAACACCCAAUAAAGUCUAAAGUGGUGGGGUACUAAAUGAAAUGAUGUUCAGUGUGAUAAAAUAAAAUAGCUUGGCUAGGUCACAUUGAUAAGAUGGAUAUUGGGCAAAAUCAUGUAGCUCGGAACAUUAUGAUUCAAGCUAGGGUGUUAUAAAGAGGCCUCCUAACUGAGUUACAAGGCUAUAACCUGUGAAUUACUGGGGAUAUUCCCCACAGAUGUAUUAUUUGGAUGCAAUAAACAGUUCCAG